CUCGACGUCGACAUCCUCGACUACAUAUUCCAAAUCCUCCGGCCUGCUCGCGGCCUGCGCUCGCUAUCCUCCACUUGUCGAGGGCUGAGGACGCUCAGUAUGCCUGUACUGUUCAAGAGUUGUGUCGUAGAUGUUUCAAGACCCAUCACCAUCUCCCACUUUCUUCCGUCAUCUCUAUGGCCAUUCGUGAGCUCCCUUCAUAUUGUGGAUAAAUGCUCGGAUAUUCGAGCCAUGAGGUUCCAGGACGAUCUUCAUUACACUGUUGAUCCAUUGAUGUGCGGCGUCCUGGAUGGCGCUUUUUUAAAGGAUGCCCUACGGGAGAUGCCUCGGUUGCGUUCUGUACACGUCGGGUUUAUAUGGAGAGAGGACCAUGGCCUUGGCUGGAGUGUCAUUGACGCCAUCUUAUCCGUGUCUCAGAUACGCGAGUUCACGAUCAGGUCAUACCUGUUCUGUCCGCGAGAGGCUCCGGCACGUCGUGUCGUUCCUCUCAACCCUUCGGCUCACCUUACGACCUUCAAUUAUGCAAGAUACGCUUCUCGCUCUCAGCUUCAUGCAGACGUGCAGCGUGCCGCGUUGGGCGUCGUUAUUGGCAGCCUCAGGUCCUCCCUCGAACACCUCCGUCUCCCCAGCGACCUCUCUCCCAUCUCGACGUUCAGAUCUCUCUCUUGGACACGGCUGCGCGAGCUCAGACUGGAUGGUACCUAUCCGUCUAACAUCGAUGCGCCUUUGCUGGACAUCAUAUCAGGGAUGCCCCGAUUGCGCAGCCUUGCGCUUCUAUUUGCCUUGCCCAGGGAUAUGGAAAAGCGACCUUUGUGGCCGCCCAGAUGCACUCUGCAUUUCCCCUUUCCCGAGCUCGAGGAGCUGGUCGUCUCCUAUCCUGAUCCCGAAGACUACCUGUACUCGCAUCUACCUCCCUCCCUUCGACGCCUGUCGUUUCGGUGUUGUCCUCACCAUUGCCUACAUGUUUGGGAGCCAGCCUGUUGCAUGCGCUGGCACUCUCCCAUACUACCCGCGUCCGAUCUUCUUCGCAUUCUGUCGAGCAUCAAGGCCCCUGUGCUCCAGCAUCUCCAGUUGGAGUACGUCGCGGAUCACGCAGAUGCUGCACUGUUAGGCAGCAUUGCAGCUUCAUUUCCCAGGCUUUCUUCCCUAGAGAUCCAUCGCUUUCGACAGGUCGACAAUUCGAACGUGUCGAUCGUACGUACCUCGUGUCCUCAGUAA